CAGUAACGAACAUUUUUUAGUGAUAGCCCAACACAAAUAUGAAAUUAUACGUUUUAUUUAUUCUGAUGCUGCCGGCGCUCAUGUGGCAUAUAAAGCUGAUCAGUGGAGAAGCGAUUGGCACGACCGAAAAGACGUGCAUGGAUCGUUGCCUGUUGGACUGGAAAAACCAAGUGUCCAAUGCCCAUGAGGAGCUGGCGUUAGAGCCAGAGCCAAAGCAGACGCUGAAUCAGCCAAAAAGUAGCCAAAUGACGCCGCUGCUACAGGAAGCACAAUUGGCCGAGUGUCGACAAACUGUGCAUCAAUUUGAUUGCACUUUAAAGUGCAUGUUCGAGCAUUUUCAAGUGCCCUAUCGAUGUAGAGACAAACAUACAUAAAGGCGCCUGCACUUUAUUUAUUUUUAUUAAAUUUAUCAAUAUUAAAUA